GUUAGCAAGCUGAGAGGCAAAAUCCUGUUCAUUACCGGCGCAUCCCGUGGAAUCGGCAAGGCGAUAGCCCUGAAGGCAGCUCGCGAUGGGGCGAAUAUAGUGAUCGCUGCCAAGACGGCGGAACCACAUCCCAAGCUACCUGGAACCAUCUAUACGGCGGCUGAGGAGAUCGAGCGGGUUGGAGGCCGGGCGUUAGCCUGCAUUGUCGAUGUGCGCGAUGAGAAGCAAGUCCAGCAGGCCGUGGAGGCAGCAGUGGCCAAGUUCGGAGGCAUCGAUAUCGUUAUCAACAAUGCCAGUGCCAUAUCCAUGACCCCCAUACUCGACACGGAGAUGAAGCGCUAUGACCUGAUGCAGAACAUCAACACUAGGGGGACAUUUCUGGUAUCGAAAAGCUGCUUGCCGUAUCUGCUGAAGAGCGACAAUCCGCACAUACUGAACCAGUCGCCCCCGCUGAACAUGAAGCCGCAGUGGUUCGCCAAUCACGCCGCGUACACGAUCGCCAAAUACGGAAUGUCCAUGUGUGUUCUGGGAAUGUCGGAGGAGUUCCGUGACCAAGGAAUCGCCGUAAAUGCUCUGUGGCCGCGUACAACGGUUCACACGGCAGCGGUGGAGAUGCUCAGUGGCCCAGAUGGGGCUUUGUACUCCCGCAAGCCCGAGGUAAUGGCCGACGCUGCGUAUGCAAUUAUUAGCCGGGAUGCUAGGGACUACACCGGACAUUUCUUCAUUGACGAUGAUGUUUUGCUGGAUGCUGGUGUGAAGGAUCUUGCCAAAUAUGCCUGCUAUCCGGAGAAUAUACAUAAGCUUGCUGUGGAGAUAAUGUUUUUUAUCCCCAAU